CGCGAUUGCUGGUCGAGGCAAGGGAGAAACGUGGGGGGAUCACAAGUAGAUCCGGAGUUGGAGCAGAUCAAGGAGUAGUUUAGGAUGACUCGUAAAGAAAAACUGGAACAGGAGGAGAAGAGGAAAAAGGAAGAGGAGAAGAGAAUCAGAGAAGAGGAGGAGACCAGGAAAAACUUAGACUUCGCGAGGAAAGCGGAGGAGUUUAAGCAACAGCUGUAUGCGAAACUCUUUGAGGAAUGGAGGAAAAACCAGGCAGACGCUGUGAAAGCAACGGAGAAGAGUGGAAAAUCGGCGAAGAAGACGAGGAAGAAAAAGAAGAGGCACCUGACAGAACAUGGCGGACCAAAGAGGCAGAGAGCUCGAAGGAAAAGGAGAAGUAGUGAUUCAAGUGAGGACUCGGAAUCGUCGUGCUCCACCGAUGACGAGAACACGUCAGAAGAUACGUCGUCAGGAUCUGAAAUGAGUGGAAAGAUCACACGGAACAAGGAGCGCGUGAGGCGAGGGACCGGGAACAAGAGGACCAAGGCCAAGAUGAAGAACAACAAGGACAAGGGGAAGAUCGAAGAGAUGCGCACACCAAUAAGGACUUACUUUAAUUUACCAAAGCAUGAGGCACGUGUGCUGACGAGAUUCGAGGAUCUGGAUUUGCCAGGAUUUGUGAAAAAUGCGAGGAACAUUAUGAGACCGGCAAAGGCUAAUAGCGUGGGAGAAAUUGCACGCGCUAUCUUGGAGGCUUGUAAGCAUCUUAAAGGAGUGUCAAUACCUGCAGUAGACUUAGAAGAGGUGUGGACCGAUAGAAGGGAGGGGACGGCGACAUGGACGGACAGCGAGGUACGUGAGUGGGGUAACCAUUUUAAGGGGUUGGUGCUGACAACGAUAGAUCGGAAUCAGGGGAAUACCGCUGUCAUGUGCUCGAUCCUAUAUCGACACGGGUUCGGGAAGACCUUUGCUUGGGAGGCGAACUACGAGCUCAUCGGUGGAUUGGAUGUGGAAGUAGACACUGUUAAGGAAAUCGGGGAGGAUUUCCAUAGGCACCGCCUGGACACAAUAGGGAAGUGGAGGGUCGAUGGUAAACUGGGGGCAGCGUACGUCAUCCCGAAACACAAGGACCUCACCCGUUGGAGGCCCAUUGCACCAGCACCAGCGGACCCUGCAGCACUUGCACAGAAAAGAGUAGCGAAAGCGCUGCAAUGUUUGCUGAAGCGACUGGCUGAGAAUAACACGUCUAUCUCAAUUCUAUUUCUGAGUUGUCUGAGCAGUUGGAUGCCACGACAGUGAGGAUGAGAGCGGCGGGAUGCGAGCGAGCGGUAGGGAGAUGCUACGACAUUAAAGACAUGUUUUCAAGGAUACCGCACGAUGCUGUUAAGGACAC